AUGGCUGACCUGUUAGAACGAAUGAUUAAUCAACAGGGUCAGGACCAGGCAAAUAAUGCCGGAAACCCUCGAAAUAAUAUGAGUAAUCAGGAGGGAGAGGACCGUGUCUUAGAAUGGUUCCAAAAGUUUGCACCCCCGAAAUUUAUAGGUGGACCCAACCCUGACUUAGCGGAGGGUUGGUUGGACCGCAUGUUGGAUAUAUUUCCCGCGCUUAGGUAUUCGGAGGAGCGGCAGAUAUCUUUUGCUGCUUUUCAGUUUGAGGGGGCUGCCCGAGCUUGGUGGAAUGUGAUUAAGGCCAAGUGGGAGCGGGAACAGAUCCCCUGCACGUGGAUCAACUUUACUCGGGAAUUUAAUGAGAAAUAUUUGCCACCCAUUGUACAAGAGAUGCGAGAGGAUGAUUUUAUCCGCCUACGCCAAGGGGCAUCUAGUGUGGCGGAGUACGAAAUCCAGUUUACGAAACUCUCUCGCUUCGCUCCGGAAUUGGUGCUAACGGAGCAAAAGCGAAUCAGUCGCUUCAUUCAAGGCUUAAAUGUGGAGAUUCAGGAGGCACUAGCGGCUACUCAGUUGGACACAUUUAUCCAGGCACUACAAAAGGCUCAGAGAAUUGAGACUGCUAGGGGACAAGUCAAAACCUUCCAUGACCGGAAAAUGAGGCAACCUAGCUCGAGCAACUUCACGGAUGGACAGAGCUCGAGAAACGAGCCACCUUCUAAGAUGGGUCGAGGAACAGAUGGUUCACGACCCGCAGGAACCCCAAACCAGGGUAACUUUGGGAGAGGUCAGGUAGGGCAAGGGCCCCAGAGGGGUGCCCAGCGUGGAGGGUCAAGUGCGGGAAUUAGGCAAACCUGUGGUUUCUGCGGGGGUAAUCACACCGACGAUAACUGCUGA